CCCCCGACCGACGGAGGCUGCGGUGUCCCCGCCUCGCUCUUCCGCUUCCGCCGCGGGGCCGUCCGACGCUGCCGGCAUGUUGGUGCGGAGCAGCUGGUGCCGCUUGGCGCUGCCCCCGGUUCAGCGGCCCAGGCACCGCCGGGCGGUCGGCGAGGUCGGGGCGGUGGCCCAGCGGUACGAGGUGGUGGUGAUCGGUGGGGGACAUGCAGGGACAGAGGCGGCGGCGGCGGCCGCUCGCGGCGGGGCUCGCACGCUGCUGCUCACGCACAGGAUCGGCACCAUCGGGGAGAUGUCCUGCAACCCUUCCUUCGGCGGCAUCGGGAAGGGGCAUCUCAUGAGGGAAGUGGACGCGCUGGACGGGCUGUGUGGCCGCCUCUGCGACCGCUCCGGGGUGCACUACAAAGUGUUGAACCGCUGCAAGGGCCCGGCCGUCUGGGGCCUCCGCGCCCAGAUCGACCGCGGCCGCUACAAGGAGGAGAUGCAGAGGGAAAUCCUGAACACACCACUGCUGACAGUCCGUGAGGCGUCUGUGGAGGAUCUGCUCUUGACAGAGCCAGAAACAGACCGUGCUGGGAAGUGCCGAGCCGCAGGAGUCAUCCUGGGGGAUGGGAGCACCGUACACGCUGGGAGCGUUGUCCUGACCACCGGUACCUUUCUGAGGGGCACGGUGCUCAUCGGCCUGGAGACGCGCCCGGCGGGGCGCCUGGGGGACCAGCCUGCCAUCGGCCUGGCUCAGACUCUGGAGAGACUGGGGUUUGCCAUGGGCAGGCUGAAGACUGGGACUCCCCCCCGGCUGGCCAAGGACACGAUUGACUUCAGGGGUCUGGAGGAGCGUACUGCUGACAACCCGCCCGUGCCCUUCAGCUUUCUCAGCAAGGCUGUGUGGAUCAAGCCAGAAGCUCAGCUGUCCUGCUACUUGACUCGCACUACCCUCAAAGCCCAGCAGAUCAUCCGUGAUAACCUCCACCUCAACAACCACGUGAGGGAGACCACGAGAGGCCCCAGGUACUGCCCUUCCCUCGAAUCCAAGGUGCUGCGCUUCCCAGACCGACAGCAUCAGGUGUGGCUGGAGCCCGAGGGCUUGGAGUCCAAUGUCAUUUACCCCCAGGGCAUGUCGAUGACACUGCCACCUGAGCUGCAGGAGCAGGUGAUCAAGUCCAUCCCAGGCUUGGAAAAAGCCAAGAUACUCCAACCAGGCUAUGGGGUGCAGUAUGAUUAUUUAGAUCCCCGACAGCUGACUGCGUCCCUCGAGUCUCGCCUCGUCCAGUGCCUCUUCUUUGCAGGCCAAGUAAAUGGCACCACAGGCUACGAGGAAGCUGCAGCCCAGGGUGUGAUUGCUGGCAUCAACGCUUGCCUGCGGGCUCGGGGCAAGCCCCCUUUCCUCGUCAGCCGCACCGAAGGCUACGUGGGUGUCCUGAUCGAUGACCUCACCACGCUGGGCACCAGCGAGCCCUAUCGGAUGUUCACCAGCCGCGUGGAGUUCCGCAUGUCCCUGCGGCCUGACAACGCUGACGCCAGGCUCACCCACAGAGGCUUCGAAGAGGCUGGGUGUGUGUCCCAGCAGCGACAUCAACAAGCAGUUAAGAUGAGAGAUGCCUUAGAGGAUGGAAUUGCAACGCUGAAGUCUAUUCAGUUCAGCAUCUCCAAAUGGGCUCACUUAAUACCAGAAGUUCCUAUCAGCAGCAGUCGAAGGUCGCCUGCCAGUGCCUUUGACAUCCUUCAAUAUCCAGAGGCCAGCAUGGAUGUUCUGGCAAGGGCUGUCCCAGAGCCCCUGGCAAAGCUUGCUCAGUGGAGAGAACUGGCAGAGAGACUGAAAAUAGAAGCUGCUUACGAGUGGUGUGUGGCCAGUCAGCAGCAGGAAAUAGAAGAAGUCCGUCGUGAUGAAGCCCUCCAGCUGCCAGAGGACUUGGAUUACUUUGCCAUUGAUGCGUCGCUCUCGGCAGAGGUGCGGGAGAAGCUGGACUCGAACCGUCCCCAGACGAUCGGGGCGGUCAGCCGCAUCCCUGGGAUCACACCAGCUGCUGUCGUCAACCUGCUGAGGUUUGUCAAAACUCAUCACCAGAAGACAGAGAAGGCAAAAGCUUCACGGCAGGCUGGCAAGGAUUUACCAGGGAAAAUGUUCUUGGAGCAAGCCAGCUUCCCCAGGGCAGAUGUCAGCAGAGUUUCCUGAAGAGGAGCCGGAGUGCCUUUGUUACAGCUCCUCCUGCAAGGUCACCUGUGACAGAGCUGGAUCCAGAGCAGUUGCAGCUGUGUCCUGUGGCAGUGUCACUGAGUAGGACAAAGAUGAUGAAUGUGCAGAUGUUAAGUAAAUGCUCAGGAACCGAAGUGCAGCACCCAAGUGAAAGGAGGGGAAUUGCUUUGGCAAUUCUGCUCAUUUGGAGGAUGCCAGACAGUUGGCAUCUGUUCUAAAGCACCCUGGAUAGGACAGUGUUCUGCUGUCUGAGCUGAGUCAGGAGUGUUACUCUGCUGACCCCACAAGAGAAAUGGAUCUGGGAAGCACCUUCCACUGACAUCAGUACUCAUAUUCCCAGCUGGGCAGUGAUCUUUUGGACUGGUGUCAGCCACCAGCAAACACUUGGCUGUGAGAACGUGUGCCACAGAAGGAGAUGAACUUAGGAAGGAGCCUGAGUGAUGUAACCCCUGCAUCCUGGGUGAGCACCUCCUGUAAAAUAAAGCUCAUCUUGAAACUUGCA